GGCGGCUGGCUGUCCCCCGGGAGCCCCGCGGGGCCGGCUCCGCUCCCCCUCCGCACGCCGGGCGGCAGGAGCCAGCCGGCGCCGACUUUGGGAGUUCCUCUGCCUUGUAUGGAGGGCUGCUCGGGCCCGUCUCCGCCCGACUGCUCUGAGGCCCAGCCCUCCCGCUGCCCACCCCCAGCCACCUCCCUCUGACUUGCCCGGAGAAGCCAGACGGAGCCUCUUUCCGCCACAAGUCUCUCCGCCUGCCGUUCCCCUAUUCCUGCAGCCACCCCCACCCCCUCCCCAGUGCCGUCACCCUUCCUCCGCCCCCGCCCCCGCCUUCUCCACAGCAAUCGGGGGAAUAAAUCAGGGAGGAAACGGAGAGAGAGCGAGAGCGCGCGAGCGCCCGCGGGCUCGCCCAGGUCUGCUUCCAAAGUCGCCCUUGAUGGCGGCGGAGGCAAGGCAGCCUCGGCGCGGAGCAGCCGACGCGCGUUAGUGGGUCCGCCAGCCGCCGCCCCUACCCCUGCGUCGGGCUUCGCCCCUGUCGCCCCCUUCGCUGACCCACGCCCCGGCCCCAGGCGCUCCAGCCCGCAGACGUUCGCGGUCCGCACGGACCGUGCUCCUUCUCCUCCCGUGGUUUCCAGCACCGGUUCUUCCCCCGGCUGGGGUGGGAGGCGAGAUUGAUCUUCGAUCGCGAAGAUGGCUGCUGGCUGCCUGCUGGCCUUGACUCUGACACUUUUCCAAUCUUUGCUGAUCGGCCCCUCGUCGGAGGAGCCGUUCCCUUCGGCCGUCACUAUCAAGUCAUGGGUGGAUAAGAUGCAAGAAGACCUUGUUACCCUGGCAAAAACAGCAAGUGGUGUCAAUCAGCUUGUCGAUAUUUAUGAGAAAUACCAAGAUUUGUAUACCGUAGAACCAAAUAAUGCACGCCAGCUGGUGGAAAUUGCAGCCAGGGAUAUUGAGAAACUUCUGAGCAACAGAUCUAAAGCCCUUGUGCGCCUGGCUUUGGAAGCAGAGAAAGUUCAAGCAGCCCAUCAGUGGAGGGAGGAUUUUGCAAGCAACGAAGUUGUCUACUAUAAUGCUAAGGAUGAUCUCGAUUCUGAAAAAAAUGACAGUGAGCCAGGCAGCCAGAGGAUAAAACCUGUUUUCAUUGAAGAUGCUAAUUUUGGACGACAAAUAUCGUAUCAGCAUGCAGCAGUCCAUAUUCCCACCGACAUCUAUGAGGGCUCAACAAUUGUGUUAAAUGAACUCAACUGGACAAGUGCCUUAGAUGAAGUUUUCAAGAAAAAUCGAGAGGAAGAUCCUUCAUUGUUAUGGCAGGUGUUUGGCAGUGCCACAGGCCUGGCCCGCUAUUACCCAGCUUCUCCAUGGGUUGAUAACAGCAGAACUCCGAACAAGAUUGACCUGUAUGAUGUACGCAGGAGACCCUGGUACAUUCAAGGAGCUGCAUCUCCUAAAGACAUGCUUAUUCUGGUUGAUGUGAGUGGAAGUGUUAGUGGAUUGACACUUAAACUGAUCCGAACAUCUGUCUCUGAAAUGCUGGAAACCCUCUCAGAUGACGAUUUUGUGAAUGUAGCGUCAUUUAACAGCAAUGCCCAGGACGUAAGCUGUUUUCAGCACCUUGUCCAAGCAAAUGUAAGAAAUAAGAAAGUGCUGAAAGAUGCGGUGAAUAAUAUUACAGCAAAAGGAAUCACAGAUUAUAAGAAGGGCUUUAGUUUUGCUUUUGAACAGCUGCUUAAUUAUAACGUUUCCAGAGCCAACUGCAAUAAGAUUAUCAUGUUGUUCACGGACGGAGGAGAAGAGAGAGCUCAGGAGAUAUUUGCCAAAUACAACAAAGACAAAAAAGUACGUGUGUUCACAUUUUCAGUUGGUCAGCAUAAUUAUGACAGAGGACCUAUUCAGUGGAUGGCCUGUGAAAAUAAAGGUUAUUAUUAUGAAAUUCCGUCCAUUGGAGCAAUAAGAAUCAAUACUCAGGAAUAUUUGGAUGUUCUGGGAAGACCAAUGGUUUUAGCAGGAGACAAAGCCAAGCAAGUGCAGUGGACAAAUGUGUACCUGGAUGCACUGGAGCUGGGACUUGUCAUUACUGGAACUCUUCCGGUCUUCAACAUAACGGGCCAAAAUGAAAAUAAGACGAACUUAAAGAACCAGCUGAUUCUUGGUGUGAUGGGAGUUGAUGUGUCUUUGGAAGAUAUUAAAAGACUAACACCACGUUUUACACUGUGUCCCAAUGGCUAUUAUUUUGCAAUUGAUCCUAAUGGUUAUGUUUUAUUACAUCCAAAUCUUCAGCCAAAGCCUAUUGGUGUAGGUGCACCAACAAUUAAUUUAAGAAAAAGGAGACCCAAUGUUCAGAACCCCAAAUCUCAGGAGCCAGUAACUUUGGAUUUCCUCGAUGCAGAAUUAGAGAAUGAUAUUAAAGUGGAGAUCCGAAAUAAAAUGAUAGAUGGAGAAAGUGGGGAGAAAACAUUCAGAACUCUGGUUAAAUCUCAAGAUGAGAGAUAUAUUGACAAAGGAAACAGGACGUACACGUGGACUCCUGUCAAUGGCACAGAUUACAGUUUGGCCUUGGUAUUACCAACCUACAGUUUUUACUAUAUAAAAGCCAAAAUAGAAGAGACAAUAACUCAGGCCAGAUCAAAAAAGGGCAAAAUGAAGGAUUCAGAAACACUGAAGCCAGAUAAUUUUGAAGAAUCUGGCUAUACGUUCUUAGCACCAAGGGAUUACUGCAAUGACCUUAAAAUAUCAGAGAAUAACACCGAAUUUCUUUUAAAUUUUAAUGAGUUUAUUGAUAGGAAAACUCCAAACAACCCAUCAUGCAACACGGAUUUGAUUAACAGAGUCUUGCUGGAUGCUGGCUUUACAAAUGAACUUGUGCAAAAUUAUUGGAGUAAGCAGAAAAACAUCAAGGGUGUGAAGGCGCGGUUUGUUGUGACUGAUGGUGGGAUUACCAGAGUUUAUCCUAAAGAGGCUGGAGAAAAUUGGCAGGAGAACCCGGAAACAUAUGAGGACAGCUUCUAUAAGAGGAGUUUAGAUAAUGAUAACUAUGUGUUCACUGCUCCCUACUUUAACAGAAGCGGACCUGGCGCUUAUGAAUCAGGAAUCAUGGUAAGCAAAGCUGUAGAAAUAUACAUCCAAGGCAAACUUCUCAAACCUGCAGUUGUUGGAAUUAAAAUUGACGUAAAUUCCUGGAUAGAGAAUUUCACCAAAACAUCCAUCAGGGAUCCGUGCGCUGGUCCCGUUUGUGACUGUAAAAGAAACAGUGAUGUCAUGGACUGUGUAAUUCUGGAUGAUGGCGGGUUUCUUUUGAUGGCCAAUCAUGACGAUUAUACCAACCAGAUUGGAAGAUUUUUUGGAGAGAUUGAUCCAAGUUUGAUGAGACACCUGGUGAAUAUAUCCGUGUAUGCUUUUAACAAGUCCUAUGAUUAUCAGUCAGUGUGUGAGCCCGGUGCCGCCCCGAAGCAAGGAGCAGGGCGUCGCUCAGCAUAUGUGCCGUCAGUGGCAGACAUCUUACACAUUGGCUGGUGGGCCACGGCUGCUGCCUGGUCUAUUCUACAGCAGUUUCUGUUGAGUCUGACAUUUCCACGCCUUCUGGAGGCAGUUGAGAUGGAAGAGGAUGACUUCACGGCCUCUCUGUCAAAGCAGAGUUGCAUUACUGAGCAAACGCAGUAUUUCUUCGAUAAUGACAGUAAAUCCUUCAGUGGCGUAUUAGACUGUGGCAACUGUUCCAGGAGGACUACACCGACUGCGGUGGCGUUUCUGGAUUAACUCCCUCCCUGUGGUCCAUCUUCGGGGUCCAGUGUGCACUACUUUGGCUUCUCUCUGGCAACACACACUGCCAGCUAUGACCUUGUACAACCAGAUCUACAUGUUACACUCCGGACCCUGCCAAGCCGUCAGCCCUCAGUUGCAUGGAAAUACGGUCGACUGAGGAACCAGCAGAACACUUGCUGGGCCCCUCCCAUGGCAUCCAUCUACGACGCUGACGCAGACGGCGCCCACUGGCCGGCCGUCGGGCUGUCGACCCUUGCCCUCGAGUCAGCGCCGCAUCACCCACGAACUCCAUCACGGCAGAACUCUCUACCUGCGCUACCGGACACUGGGAGGCUUUCUUGUUGCCUGGCUGGUGAUUCUAUGUACACGGGCUCCCCAGACAGCUGUGUAUGAAUCACACAAACUCUAUGGACUUUGCCCUGACAUUCUGACCAACUGCAGUUCCUUUCCUUUUCCCAGAAAACUCUAAGUGAAAAAAACCUUCCUUGCACCCUCACUUAUUCUUCAAUUAAACAUGCUUCCCUGCUUUGACUAGCUACUACUGAAAACAAAACACACAGACACUGAGAGAACUGACAUAGACGUAAACUAUCAAAGGAGACAUGGCUACUAUUCUACAAAAAAAUUCCCAUGAAUAAAAUGCCUUACAAAGAAUGGCUUCCCUGCCAAAAAUGGAACACGAAUGCUGACCAAGUGAAUUUUGCAGUGGUAGUGACUUGGUUGCUUGAAAACAAUGACUACGAAAUUAUUACACAACAGGUGCUUGAGGGUAACAUUUCCAUCUGCGACACAGCUCCCCUUAAAUGUAUGCCCUUACCAACGCCUUCCAUCUAACGUUCUUUCCGUUCGUAGGACGGAUCGUUCUGCAGUGCUGGCCUGACAUGUGACAACGCUCCAGAAACAGCUCGUGGCGGGGACGGGAAACCUUUUCUCUUGCGAUACAUGACCCUGGCUAACCAAGGGGACUUUGCAUGACGCUGCUGCCGCUUCACCUUUCGGUUUCUGUCCCUCUUACUGUAGACUGUAGUCCGUGGAAAGGUUCCCUGCGUGACAUGAUUCCUGUGUAAGACCCUGACCCUUGCAGUGUAACGCACUGAAGUCAUCUUCUACAUCUGUCGUUAAACUACUCUGAAUAUACUGUGCGAUGUGAAUGACGGAUUUGCUGAAUGAUGACAUGGUAAUUCAUGGACUUCAUACAGACUCCUGCUUUUGCCUGAGAGACCUGUGUACAGAAAUUUUAAGUACAUACUCAGAUUUGACACAUUUAUUUUUGGAAGAGUACAUAUAUGUUCUCAAAGAAGACUCAUCCUAGGCUUCCUCUUCGUUCGCUGGAACUGCGGCAUAUACAAUCCACCGUUUCCCGCUGCUACUGCUGCUUUUGCCCCUCCAUUUUCAACGGUAUCACCACUUGACCCUAUACUUCCAUCCACUUUGAUAACGGUUUAAAAUUACUCUGAACAAAUAGGAAACCUGGACUCUGUCCGUAUGCACAUAAAUAUUUGAUUGUGCUUCAUCUGAAUUGUUUUCAUGCAGCCUCCUUACCACGAAUGCUUACCGUACUACACUUAAUAUUUCAUUAUAUAGUCAUAUGCGACCAGACUAGAUUCAUCCAAACAUCAUUUUCAGGACUAACCCGUAUUUGAAGACACGGUAAAAACACUGACUCUAACUCUUAACCACAGUGACUAGCUCCGCGGAAGGCUGGAAGCAUGCAGGCUUUCUGACCGGUAGGAUGCAUUGGUUCUUUUCUUCACAUGAUCCAGCACACCUUAGUCCACUUCCUGUAUCACAGACAUAAUCCAUUCUUCACCAUAGUUUAAAAGACGCAUUCCUUUUGUUUUCCCCUUUGCAUGGAUUUGUAAUUCCCUCCACCACCAAUAUACCCUGGGCACCGUUCCUGUACCUUUCCUUAUUUAAAAUAACUUUUCCAUAUGCACAAGGUGCUGGAUUCAAUCCCCAGGACUUUCAUUACAAUAAAAACAUAAAUAAACAUAAACCUUCUUGCCUCUCCCCUCAAAAAACCAAUUGCCUAACUAACUUUUCCUUUAAAAAUGAGCGGAUAGGGAAAUAGAGUCACUUUGCCAACUGUCACACAGACUUGCCAUCCGUUACCACUUGUAACACAUUGCUGUGAUCUCGCAGUCCCAUUUCUACCUGGUAUUGACAUCUCAGAAAACAGCACAGUGAUUUCCAAAAGGAUGGAACUCCUCACUCUACUGAAAACACGUUUACAUCCUCUUCUUUGCUACUUCAAUAGCUAACACUUACGCUUACCUUUUGCAAGACUAUUUUAUUUUCAUCACGAAACUGCAGGGAAGGGGAUAUCAAAAUAUCUACCCAUGGGAGUUUCUCUGUAUAAAUGCCACACAUCCAAACAACUGCAUUCCUUCCAGCGU